AUGCAUUACUCCUUGGAUACGCUGUGCGACAUCGCCUCGUUCUGGCCCUCUCGCGUAGCGCUGGCGUUUGUGACGUCGCAGCCGCGCUGUCGAAUUGCCGCGGAAGUGUACGCCACCGAGGCAUCGCGCAACCGUCCGCGGACAACGCAGCGGGGCGCCGGUCGUGCUGCGCAGCGAGCGGGCAAUGCAGAAGUGCAAGACGCGUGGACUACGUGGGCGGCGCAGCUUCCAUUUGGUGAGUGGUGGGUGUCGCACCUCGCGCAAGCCGCCAUGCCAUCGGACGAGCUGCCCUUCCGAUCAAAUCGUUUUAUAGAGGCUGCGAACGACUACGCUGUCCCUCUUGCUGCGCGAUGGUGCGGGAUGGAGCAGCCGACCCGGUUCCCAUCACCUCCUCCUCCGUCCAACGCGUUGCAUGCCCCUGCGUCUGCGUUGGAGUUCAUGUCCGAGCAUCAUGCUCAUUACCGUGCCUAUCGAGAGUACCGAUCAGCCACCACGACGCAGUUCCAGGCCGGUGUGCGAGACAGGUGGGCGGCUGAGGCGGGUGUCUCGUGGGCCGACUGCCCUUACCCCGGUGAGCGGCUUUGGGGUGUUUCCGUGAAGAGCGGAUACGCGGGAGGGGUGCAUGUGGGUCACCUCGUGUCCUUCCUUGUUCCCGUGUCGCACUGCUGCUCGGCGGACCUGGCAGACGGUUCUCGUUGGGGUUUUCAUGGGGCUCAGCGGUGCGAUGCGAGCGAGAAGGUUCCAUUGCGCCGUGUUCUGCACUGGGAUGUGCGGGCGGACGAGCUCUCAGGCCAGCGAGCGAUGUGCCGUACGCAUCGCUCGCCAGUCGGGCAGGGAGUUGGCACCGAUGAGGUUAUUGCUCUAGCGACUGUCUCUUCUGGUACGAAUUUAACUUUUGUGCCUUCCCAAAGCUUCUCUCCCCGCGUCGAGCCUGCCCAGCGAGGGCCACUCGAUGCACCUACGCAGGUCACAGACGCUGCAGCGGUUGGACCACCGGCUUCCAUCCAGAGAAGCAGCUGGAGCUAUUCGUAUUGGUGGUUCCGCCGUCCUCUGUGCCUGUCGCGUGUGCCCUCGACCGUUGCUCCUUGUGGUGGUGCACCAAACCUAGCGGAAGGCUCCACGCAUCCUUGUAGCACCCAAGGCGUCGCGGAGGCGUCCCUGUACGCCUAUGGUAGUCAUCCAGCUUCCCUGCCGUGUCACCUCGAGGUGGACUGCCGUGAAUCGGCGUCAUGCAAUUCGAUUUCUCACGCGCACCUUCCACGCGGUGCCGCUGCAGCUGCCGCCGCCGCUCCGUCGCCAUCACCGCAGACGGCACAUGAACCCUGCGCAGGAUGCGCAGCCGCCUUCGUGACGUCGCUUCACCUCUACGACUGCCCUCCAUCGCCCCCACCAACCACCGACUCGGCGCUGUCCCCCUCCUCUCCUCCUCUUCCUCUCUUGUCUACUUCGCCACCACCUGGUGGUAGUGGGGGGGAUGAUGCCCUGCGGAGUUGGUGGGGUGCCUUAGCGAGCAACGGCUGCAGCUGCUGCGACCGGCUGAGUCGUCUUGAGAUCGACUUCGACGGCUAUCGGGGCGCUUCAGGGGAUGCGUCCGCACCGGGGCGCCACACCGGCAACGCCGGCGAUGCAGGACCUCCUUCAGCCGAAGCCUCCACUGAUGCUGCGACGUCAAACGUGCAGCGUCCUUUUCACGAGGGUGAGAUCGUCGGCAUGCCGGCUGCCCACGCGGAUCCUUCUCCCUUCCGCGCUGCCGCUUCAACCGGUGCUGCGGUGUCUGCCGCUGUCCCGGUGCGCGCCGUCCACAUGGGUUUUCUGACUGACGUGCGUCUUGCGGGGUCCGACUUGAGCGAUGUGAAUUUUCUCGGUACGCUGCGGCAUUUGUGCCUGGCGGACGUCUCCAGGAGCCGGCGUCUGACGGAUCGCGGCGUCGUGGGUGUUGCGCGCAGCACCUCCCUGUGCGUCCUCGACCUGAGCUUUUGUACUUUGGUGGACACGGCCGCCGUGCCACUCGCCGCGAUGGCGACGCUGGAGGAGUUGUACCUUACAGGGACGGCAGUCACCGAUGCCACGCUCCGCGCCAUCGCCGGCCCUCCACCUCCGCCGCUCCAGCACCAUCGCUCGCAAAGGCUAGAAGCAACCACGGCCUCUGCACCGCCUUCGCGGAUGCUGCGCGUGCUGCACGUCGAUGCGUGCCGUCAUGCACAAGACCCUUUCGACGCUUUUAUGGUAGAUCACACGUUGCGGUCACCGUCGUUGCAAGGAGGAGGCGACCGGUGGGACGGGCUGGCGGAGUUCAUCGCGUCUGCUGCACCGUCAUCAUCACUGCGGCAACAAUCGCGUCCCAGCAGUGGCGAGGAACGCGACGAGGAGGCCGACGAUGUUGCGUCAAGCGAGGAAGACGGUACGACGGACGCUUCAUUGGAGAGCCUCCAAGAACACGCAUCGGCGGCCUCGGAAAGUGAUGGAGGUGUUUCUUUGGAAGUCCGUCUUUCCCCUUCACACACGUCGGAGGAAGCACCGCAGCAGACGCACGUCUCCUUUAACCCGUCACGGGUCGCUGCUGUGCCUUCCUCCUCGGGUGCGUGGCAGGCGCUCACAACCAUCGAGCUGCACAACACCAUCCUACACUGCCUGUUGGGAGACCUCGGCGUACUGUCGAGCCUGCGGCGUCUUUCACUGCUGCGGUGCUCCACGACAAGUACACGAGGCCGUCACCGUCGUCCACCGUAUCGCCUUCCGUGGUUAACAGGGCUGGAACGCUGCUCUCUCCUACACACCGUCCUCCUAGAGGACUGUGACGCCGCCUUAACUCACGCGGGAAACAUGCAUGUCCUCGCGCAGCUGCCGUCUCUGCAGAACCUCUCGCUGCACCGCGCACGUGUACGCGAUGCGGAUGUGCGGACCCUCGUGCAGGCGCUCUUCCAAAGCCCUGGCGGACAGCGAUCUUCGCGGUGCGCUCUGCAACGACUCUCACUUGCGCUCUGUGGCCGCCUUACGCACCACCUCUGCACCGUUGCGACGCUGACGUCGGUGCGCACGCUGGACUUGAGCGACACGGCUGCUGCACAGGACCUCGUCGAUCUGCUGGGGACGUGCGCCACGCAUCACUCGUUGCAGGUGCUGCAGCUGGCGGCGUGUGCGUCGAUCACGAGCGUAAAUCCACUGGCCGCCAUGAAGGAACUUCUGCGGCUGGAUGUGAGCCACACGCCCGUGACGACGGCGGGCGUGGCGGAGCUGCGGCGCUGUCGUGCUCUGACGCAUCUGAAUCUGAAGGGAUGCGCUGGUGUGGCACACAUGCGGGACGUGCUGGCGAUUCCAACCCUGCAAGUACUCAACGCGCAAGGGACAGGGCUGCAUGAGGAGCUGCUGACCACGGAGGAUGAGGAGAGCACCGACAGCGCAGAGGGGCAGGGAAGUUCGAACCUUGCCGUGCGCGACGAGGAAGGCCGCCAGACGACCUAUCGCGACCUUUUCCCCCCAGAGGACGACCUGCUUCGCCGCUCUGCGCUGCAUACCCUUCUGCUGUCCCACACACGGGUCCGACGCAUCCGCCGUCUCGGCCUGCUGCCGUGGUUGAUGUGCCUCGACAUCGGCGCCACGUGCGUGACGGACGCAGAGCUGGUGAAGUUCGUCUGCACCGGCAUCCGCCAAAGUCAACCAACACCGCCGCGUGGCACGGCAGAUAAGGCGAAAACGCGUGCGGAGGAUGUGACGUCGCGGUGGAGCAGUGCUGGGUCCGCCGUGGUGCACCGCCUGCGCGAUCUUUGUCGUGUGGGCGAGUCGUUGUCUUCUCCGUACCUCCUCCCCAAUCAUGGCGGCCCCCCUCUGCGCGUCCUCUCGUUGCAGCUGUGCCGUUUUAUCUUCACCGUUGGCGUGCUGGGCCUCUGCCCUCGUCUGACGAAGCUGGAUCUCUCGUCGAGCAACGUCACCAGUCGUGGGUUGGUGGGUCUGCACCGCAGCCGGAGUCUCGUGCAGCUGCGCCUUGUCGGCUGCAAGGGCAUUCACGACGUGCGCCUUCUCGCGUGCAUCGCGAGUCUGCGCGAGGUCGACGGCAGUGGGUGCAACGUGCACGGGGAUCGUUUGAUGGGCCACUCGUGCAACAGCGCAGGAGCUGCCGAUACGGGCGAGGCAGGCGCGACGGCAACGCCAUCGAGCCAUCUUGUGCCGUUGCACUCCGAUCUCUUUUCCACCGUACACCGACAGAGCGUGGAGACGUCGGGCUUGCAGCGCCUGGUGGAGGGAGAGGAAGGCCACGCCGCCGCGGCGUUGUCGACCCCGGCCGGUUCCCUCCUCCUUUCCCCGACCCCCGCGUUGUCUCUUCGACGCGUCUACGCACCGCAGCUGCGCCGCCUCGUCUUGGACGGCUGCGCGAACCUCCACGGCGGUCUCGCCGCAUUGGGCGGUCUGCCAGCCCUGGCCGAUCUGUCGCUGCGCAACUGUCACGGCAUCACCGCCGCGAGCGUGGCGGAACUCGGCGAGCGUAGAACACAAGAAGGGGACGACGACGACGAAGAGGCGGGGGAAGGCCUCAACGGCUCACGAACGAAGGGCGAGCUCCGUUUUCCGGCGUUGCAGUCCAUCCGCUUCUCCUCCUGUCGCCUCCUGACAGGCUCGCUGAAGGAGUUGGAGGCGUUGCCUCAGUUGCAGCACGUGUACGCUGACCAGUGUGGCAUUUCGAGCCUCGAUGACGUGGCGCCGUCGCUGCGCCGUCGUGUGACUCUUUGA